GUGUAGAGGGCAGAAACCUGGCCUUAGGGAAGCCGGCCAGCCAGUCUUCCAUCCAUUCCCAUGACAUCAUUGGAUCAGCAGACAAAGCUGUGGAUGGGAGCUGCACUGGGGAUUGGUACCAAAAGUCCUGCACCCACACCAAAAAUGAGAAAAACCCCUGGUGGUUGGUGGACCUGGGGGAGUCUCAUAAAAUCUCCAUGGUGGUGGUGAAAAACCGGCAGGACUGCUGUGGCGAAAGGCUGCUUAAAGCGGAGGUCCGCUUAGGAGACUCUCUGGAGGACCAUGGAAGAGCCAACCCCCU